AUGGAAAUGCCUCAAGUCUACCGACCCGUCCCUCGACGAGCUUUUGAGAUCACCCCAUCCUCGACCGACUCGUCGCACCCUCCAUCACCGGCUGAGAAUACCAACCCCGAACUGCUCACGGCCCAGAAGCCUGACCUUCCUCCGAGUCGUACCCGAUCAAUCCUCAACUUGACUUCAUCAACUUUGCUUGGGAUUUACUCUCCGCUCACCUCAGAUGGAACCCGGGAUGAAAUAUCUACGCCCUGGGGCACUGGGGCACAGACACCCAGCAAAAGACCGAGCGUAGACGACUACAGCUACGAAUCAGCAAGUGCCCCGUUGACUUGGAACGGAGAAGCCACAAAACCUCGCCCUAAAGUUAAGAGAACAGGGUUCCGCCGUUAUCUCGUGCCUCUGCUUUUGCAGAACUCACUGUUAUUCGGAUGCGGAAUUGGCUAUGGGACAAUCAUUACACAUCUCCACAGGACUCAACGCAUAACGCCGGUGCCAGUGCCUGAUAUUGACCGGAGUUCUUUGUACUAUCAGGUCUCUUGGGGCAUCUUUGGCAUCCUGCUCGGGAAUGCGCUGCCACUAGUCGAUUCCUUCUGGGAGAGGUUCGUGCCUUCUGACGCGAAGUCCGCUAAGACUACGUCGCUUCAACCUGAAGGAGCCACUUCUGGCUCGUCCUCCGAUAGUGGAUUGGGCCCAUUGUGGUACUCUGCCGUUCGAAGCAUGGGGGCAUUCGUUGGUAUUGCAUUUGCAGUGCGACGGAUUCCCUGGCAGUCGACGCUACAGGUCGCUUUGACCUUGGCUCUGGCAAACCCUGUCUUGUGGUAUCUUAUUGACCGAUCCCUGCCCGGCUUUGCCUUCUCAGCAGCCGUAGGCAUCAUCGGCACUUUGGUGAUGUUGGUAGUGGAUCCAGACUUUGUGCCAGUUCCAGAGAUACACCAGCCAAUGGCAUCUGAAAAAUUUGGUGUCUAUACUUGGUUGGCAAGUAUACUCUUUUGCACAUGCCUUUGCUUCGGGGCGAUCGGAAGGAGGUUGCGAUUGUGA